AUGCGUUUUGACACACGCACACGUCCUGCCGGUUGUUGGGUUUCGUUCUUCCUCGACAAGUCGACUCUGGGCUUGAGCUUAGAGCUUAACCCGGGUCUGCCGGAGUUCUCGCGAUUCUUCUUGGCGAUCGCAAUUCUUCAGUUCUUCCCCAAAUUCUCGACGAUCUCUCCUGGACUCGUCAUCCUGCCAUUACUCAUCGUGCUCGGGAUCACCGCGCUGAAAGACGCAUAUGAAGACGUGAAGCGGCACCAGUCCGACAGGCGCGUGAAUAACUCGCUAGUACGUGUGCUAGGCGGCGGGGAUUUUGUGAACCCGAAUGUUAUGCAGCGCAAGAGCAGGACGUUUGUGCGUGGUGUCUUGCGCACGUAUGGGCGCAGGAUGAAGAAGGUUAAGCGCGCGGGGAAGGAGGAGGAGCUUGCGGGUGUGACGGCGCCUGCGACUGAGGCGGAUGUGGCGCCUGUGGAUGAGGUGGAGUAUGAUGACCUCGACGAGCACCAGCAGCAUCACCACCAUUCUAUAUUCCCGCACCGGCACUCGGGGGAGGACGCGCGCGCGCACGAUAGGCCGCACUGGAAAAAGUGCGCGUGGGAGGACGUGGCGGUGGGCGACUUUGUGAAGAUCAUGGACAACGAGCCUCUGCCUGCGGACAUCAUCAUCUGCGCGACGUCCGAGGAGGAGAACGUGGCGUUCGUGGAGACGAAGAAUCUGGACGGGGAGACGAAUCUCAAGUCGCGGAACGCGGUGCCGGCGCUCUCGCACCUGCGCUCGGCGAGGGAGUGCGCGUCGCCGCAUAAUGCGUUCAGGCUUGACUGUGACCGCCCGGAUGUGAAUAUGUAUAAGCUGAAUGCGGCGGUGAAGGUUGGGAAGGAGACGUUCCCGGCGGAUAUGCAGACUGUGCUGUUGAGAGGGACGGUGUUGAGGAAUACGGCGUGGGUUAUUGGUGUUGUCAUUUUUACGGGCGAGGAUACGCGCAUCGUGAUGAACUCUGGAGGCACGCCUAGUAAGCGCAGCAAAGUCGAGAGGCAGAUGAACCCGCAAGUAUUUAUAAAUUUAAUCCUGUUGGCUAUGAUGGCGAUUGCGUGUGGUAUUGUCGAUUCGGUCCUUGAGCAUCGGUAUUAUCCAAAACUUGCACCAUGGCUGUUUGGCGCUAACCGACCGGGCGACAAUCCAUCUAUCAACGGCCUAAUCACAUUUGCCUUUGCACUCAUCACGUUCCAAAACAUCGUGCCGAUUUCGCUGUACAUCUCAAUUGAGUUUGUGCGGACGUGUCAGGCUGCGUUCAUUUACUUUGACCACAAUAUGGUCUAUAAUGAGCAGACGACGUUGGCACGCAGCUGGAACUUAUCCGACGACCUAGGCCAGAUUGAAUAUAUUUUCUCGGACAAGACAGGGACGCUGACACAGAAUUCAAUGGUGUUCAGACAAUGUUCUAUCGGAGGUAAAAUCUACACCGGCGAGCAAGAGGAAGAGCGGGAUAGUCUGGAAAAGCAAAACUUUUCGCCUGACGUCAAGAGCCCGCCUCCUGCGUAUGCAUCGGGCGACUCGCGCAAAAACCUGCAGCCGGAUAUCCCACUCGAGCAGCUGCGCCUAUCCGGUUCCUCAACCGCAGCGGACAAGAACAACACUGACUCGGCCUCAGAGAACAAAGAUGAUGACGGCCCAACGGCGCCGCCGCCCAAGGUGGUACACCACUUCCGCGACGCGGACCUCGCGCGCGACCUUGAGUCCGCGGUGCACGACGAUCUGGACGCGGCGGGCGCAGCGCACGCGCGGCAUCUCAAUGGCUUUUUCUCCGUGCUUGCGCUAUGCCAUACGGUGCUGACAAGUGUGGACCCCGAGACGGGCAAGAUCGAGUAUAAGGCGCAGAGCCCGGACGAGGCGGCGCUUGUGCAGGCUGCGGCGGACGUCGGGUUCGUGUUUAGAGGGCGCGAGAAGGAGAUUUUGUAUCUGCAGACGCCGUUCCAGAGCGCCGGGGGCAUUGAGAGUGUUGAUGGCCACGAGGGCCACCAUGUUGGGGAUGUGAAGAGCGCGAAGGAUGUCGGUGGUGCGUCUGGUGCGGUUGGGCCGUCGAGCGCGGGUGGAUUCGAGGGCGGGAAGAGUCUUGCGGCGCUGGCGAAGGAGGGUCUGGUUGAGCGCUAUGAGCUGCUUAACAUCCUUGAGUUUACGAGUGCGCGCAAGCGGAUGAGUGUGGUGCUUCGCAAGUUGGAUGCGGACGACGGCCGGCUGUUUUUGUUGAGCAAAGGAGCGGAUAAUGUGAUCUUUGAAAGGCUCAAGCUGGGUAGUAGCGAGGAGCUCAAGGCGACGACGGAGAAGCACCUUGAUCAUUUUGCGAGCCAGGGUCUGAGGACGCUUACGUUGGCAUACAAGGUCAUCAAUGAGCAAGAGUAUAACUCGUGGAGUGAGCGAUAUCAUGAAGCGACUGUGGCUAUGGAGGACCGUGAUGGCAAGAUCGAUGCCGUUUCGGACGAGCUUGAGCGCGACUUGAGGCUGCUUGGUGCUACUGCCAUUGAAGAUCGUCUACAGGACGGUGUCCCGGAAACUAUCGCCGAUUUAAAACGCGCAGGUAUCAAGGUCUGGGUCGCUACAGGUGACAAAUUGGAAACCGCCAUCGCUAUCGGACACAGUACCAAUCUUAUCGGUCGAGAAUCAAACAUCAUCGUCAUUCGAGGAAAUCGAUCCGGAAGAGCGGUGUACGACCAGAUUCUGCACGCUGCGCAAGAGUUCUUCCCCGACAGCAAUAUCCUUGAUAAUCAAGGCAAUCCCACCGCGCCUAGCGAAGCUGACGCCGAAGCACUGAGCAACAGCCCACGACCCAUGUCCCGAACGAGCAACAACGCGAACCAACCGUCGUCCUACCCGGCCGGUGGCCCUCUGCGCCGGAUGGACACAGGCAUCUCGUCCAUUGUCGGUUCGAACAAUGGUGAUAAGCCCGGAGGUUUCGUGCUUGUCAUUGACGGUAACGCCUUGGAGGUGGCGUUGUCCGAUGAUAGGCAUAAAAAUCUGCUGCUUAGGCUGGCGAUGGUAUGCGAGGGCGUUAUUUGCUGUCGUGUGUCGCCGCUGCAGAAAGCGUUGGUUGUUAAGCUUGUCAAGGAUGGAUUGGGUGCGAUGACACUGGCUAUUGGAGAUGGCGCGAAUGAUGUUAGCAUGAUUCAGGCUGCUGAUGUUGGUGUCGGUAUUUCUGGUGAAGAAGGUCUUCAGGCUGUCAACUCGUCGGAUUAUGCAAUUGCUCAGUUCCGUUUCCUCAAGCGCCUAUUACUUGUCCACGGUCACUGGUCAUAUGCUCGCAAUGGAACGAUGAUUCUAAACUUCUUUUACAAGAACAUUGUCUGUAUUGGCGUCCUCUGGUGGUUCCAAAUAUAUUGCGCUUGGAGCUCAAAUUACGUGUUCGAAUAUACUUAUCUGUUAUUCUGGAACUCUUUCUGGACUAUUGCCCCAGUUAUUGGCAUAGGCUUGUUUGACAGAUUUGCCGACGAUCACGUAUUGAUGGCGGUACCAGAGUUAUACUGGUAUGGUCGAGAAGGCAAAUGGUUUGGAAUGAAGCAAUUCAUAGUUUACAUGUUCGAUGGAACGCUCCAGUCUGCAAUCAUCUUUUUCCUAAUUCUAUACGCAUAUGUUACUACGGCUGCACGAUCGGAUGGAUGGCAAGUUUCGCUUUACGAAUUUUCAACUACUAUGGCAUUUGCUGCUGUCUUUGCUGCCAACUUCUACAACGGACUGAAUACUAGUGCCUGGACUGGCUGGGUUUUCUUUGCUGUCUUUAUUGGCGAUAUUCUGGUAUUGGUGUACACCGCCGUUUACAACGCCAUCUCUCCCGGAUGGUUUGUUACUCCAGUUUAUGGAAACAACAACUUCCUUUUCAAAUCCGCAUUUUUCUGGUUUGGAAUCCCCCUUACCGUCCUUCUUGCACUGCUGCCUCGGUAUCUUUACAAGUCAUGGAAGUUUGCGUUCGCCCCAGAUGAUGUCGAUAUUCUGCGAUACAUCUACAAGAAAGAUCCCCAAAGAGACCUUGCGCAAGAGCUUCAUGAUGACGGCCCUCUUCGUGCAAUGAAGCGUCCUCGCCCAGCGUCUAUGGCAUCUCAUGGACAUACGGAAAGCGUCACAUCUCUUCCUGUACGACCCUCUAUGGACCUCCGUUCAGCAAGCCGGACAGAUAUGUCCACUGGUAUACGGUCGCAGCAUCGCGGUUUCGAUUUUUCGACAGAGGAAAACGGUGUCGCUAUGCAAAGAAUGCAGACCAAUCUUUCAGAGCGACGACAGAGCAGUCGAAACCUUGCUACUGUCCAGGAAACUGGAACAACCCGCAAAACUGGGCUUCGCCAUGUCCUUUCCGUUCCUCGACAAUUUAUGCGCAAAAAAGGAUCAAACAUCAAAGAAAAGGAAGCGGACCAUUGA